AUGUGUGGAAUAUUCGGAAUCAUCACGAGCAACAGCCCAGGGGAAGUGAUCCACCAGGGUCUCGGCGUCAUGCAGAGUCUCGGAUACAGGGGAUACGAGUCAUCCGGAAUUCUGGUCUUCAACGAAACCAGAUCAUUUUUGCACCGUGAAUUGGCACUGAUCAAGGAGGAAUCAGUUCCAACUGAUGGAAUGGAAGAGUGGCUGGAAGAGGAGCGAGGGAAGACGACUCUUCUGCUCCACACCCGCUGGAUGACCCACGGGAAGAAGGAGAUCGUAAACAGCCACCCUCAUCGCAGUGGAACCGUCUACGUCGUCCACAACGGAAACGUGGACAACUUCGAGGCGCUGAAGGAGGAGCUCAGCCCAGGACACUCCUUCGCCAGUGCCACUGACACCGAGGUGAUUCUCGCCUUGGCCAAUUUGCUCCUGAAAGAGGGAGUGGAAUGGGGCUGUCUCGGAUCGAGGCUGAUUGGCCGCCUUCAGGGCGAAUACGCCUUUGUUCUGGCUGACACCGAUAGAACGAAUGGGAUGGUUGUGGUCAGAAAUGGACUGGGAGUGGCAAUGGCAUUUUCAGACGACAUCGUCGUAGAGGAAAACAGAAUCAGGGCCAGCACAAUUCAGGUCUGCAGUGACGCAUCGAACAUCUUCGACAAGGAGUAUCCGGCAGUGAACAGGCUAUUUCAGCUCGAAGACGGUGAAAUUGUGACAGUUGAAAAUGGGGUAGCAACUGUGACCAGAGUUGGAGACGAGGCAGUUGGUGACGUAUUGGAGAGAAUUGGGCUGGAAACGAAUCUGCCUGACAGAAAGGCAGUUUACGGCAAAUACAGUCACAUGAUGGAGAAGGAGAUCAACGACCAGGCUGAAUUGGUGAAAAUGGCAACAGAAGGGCGAAUUGAUGAAAGAGGGGAAGUGGUUCUGGAGAACUCGAAUUUGGGUGAGAAAAACAGGGCUACAAAACGAGGGGGAGUCAGGUACCUGAAUGAGGACGAGUUGAGGGCGGUGAUGGAGAAGUGCACCAGAAUGCGUCUCGUUGCCUGUGGUACGUCGUAUCACGCCUGUCUCGCAGUAGAGCGGACCCUGAACAGCCUUCUGAAGAAGGACAUUUCAGUCGCAGUUGCAACUGAUCAGACUGAUUCUGGGGCAGUGAUCAACAAGGAUGACGUGGUGGUGCUGGUGAGCCAGUCUGGCGAGACACUCGACGUGAUUGAGAUCAUGAACAAGGCGAGGGAGGCAGGGGCGACAGUGGUGGCAUUCACAAACUCACCAGGCAGCAUGAUUGCAACUGGAUCCAACUACAACAUCGAUCUGCGGGCUGGAAGAGAGGAGGCAGUGGCAUCGACCAAGGCGUACACGGUGCAGGUGUUGACGAUGACACUCUUUGGAAUCCAGUUUGGGGGGAGUCAGGGAGAAAGAGGGCCAUUCUGGAUGAGUUGCUUGUUUUGCCUGAAAAAAUAA